AUCACCCAUCGUAUAUGCAACCAGCAGGUUAUUAUACAAAAAAUUUAUUUAAAUUUAUUCUCAAUUUAUUUAUUUAUUUCUUUUAUUUAUUUCUCAGUAUGCAAAUUUAUUUGGCAAUCAAAUAUGAUAGCAGGUUAUAAUUCUUCUCCGUCUCCACUUGGAAUGGCAAGUGGAAGCCGUAUAGGAGCGGAUAGUGAUGACAGUACGCGUAAACGGCAAGUUCGAUUGCUCAAAAAUCGGGAAGCAGCUAAAGAAUGUAGGCGAAAGAAGAAAGAAUAUGUAAAGUGCCUCGAGAAUAGGGUUGCUGUACUUGAAAAUCAAAAUAAAGCAUUAAUUGAAGAAUUGAAAACACUCAAAGAAUUAUACUGCAGGAAAGAGAAGGCCGAACUCUAA